AUAAUCCACUAGAAAUCUCGACAAAAUCUCAGAACUUCUUCGAGCAAUUUGGUAUUGAAUCUGUUACUUCUCAAAACCACGAAAAUGGAGCUGGCUUCUGCUCCUCUCAAGUCAUACUACGCUGUUUUAUCUGUACCCCCAGCUUCCAGAAACUUCUCCCUGUCUCUUCCCGAUUUCAGGGCUUCCUUUCCAAGAAUUUCUUCACCUUUCUUCGCCUCUAAGGCCGCAGGCUUUCUCUUGCCGUAUGAGAAAGAAAGAUCGCAUAGUUCCUUUCUUGCUGUUGCUGUUGGUAAUACAACAGCUGUAACAGAUGAAUCUGCUCAAGAACAUAUGCCAUUAGGUAAGAAACUCAAUUCAGAAGCUGAGGAUGGAGCUGUUAAGGAAAAUGAUGAGGACGGAAAGGAUAGGAAUGGGGUUGGUGAACAAUUGGAUGAUCAUAAAAUGGUUCGCAUUUGUGACAAACUGAUUGAGGUCUUUAUGGUUGACAAGCCCACUCCAACUGAUUGGAGAAGGCUGUUAACUUUUAGCAAGGAGUGGAACAAUAUUCGGCCACAUUUCUAUAAGCGGUGUCAGGACCGAGCAGAUAGUGAGAGUGAUCAUGGAAAGAAACACCAGCUACUUCGGCUUGCAAGGAAGCUGAAAGAGAUUGAUGAAGAUAUUAAAAGGCAUAAUGAGCUCCUUGAUGCAAUCCGAAAGUCACCAUCUGAGGUUGGUCAAAUUGUAGCCAGGCAUCGUAAGGACUUCACAAAAGAAUUCUUUGCCCAUCUUCAUACUGUGGCAGAAUCAUAUUAUGAUAAUCCAACAGAACAAAAUGCUGUGGCAAAUCUUCGGAGUGUGUGCUUAGCUGCUGUAGAAGCGUAUGAUACUGCAACUGAAAAUAUAGAAGCGCUAAAUGCUGCAGAGUUGAAAUUACAAGAUAUAAUCAACUCUCCUUCUGUUGAUGCUGCUUGCCGGAAGAUUGAUAAUUUGGCAGAAAAAAAUCAACUUGAUUCUGCACUGGUUCUCAUGAUCACAAAAGCUUGGUCAGCUGCCAAAGAAUCAAACAUGAUGAAAGAUGAGGUGAAAGAUGUACUAUUCCAUUUAUAUAAAACAGCAAGAGGUAAUCUUCAGAGGCUGAUGCCAAAAGAAAUUAGGAUACUGAAGUAUUUGCUUACAAUUGAAGACCCUGAAGAGCGGAUGAGUGCUUUAAAAGAUGCUUUUACCCCAGGAGAAGAACUUGAAGGGCAGGAUAUAGACUGCCUUUACACGACGCCUGAGCAACUGCAUACCUGGAUUAGGACUGUAGUGGAUGCAUAUCAUUUCAGCAGAGAGGGCACUCUCAUAAGAGAAGCCAGGGAUCUAAUGAACCCAAAGCUUGUCCAAAAAAUGGAAGAAUUAAAAAAGACGAUCCAAGAUCAGUUCAUGUGAGCUCCAUCCACCGUUCAAGUCUGUCCAGCUGCCGUACUUCAGCGCCAGUUUCAUGAUACCAUGGAAGACUACGAUACUGAAUACCUAGUCGCAAAUAUUGACAUUGACUGGGUAAGAUACCAUUGUUGCAUUGUAGAGAUGACACAUGCAGGAUUACAAUAACCUUGUAGGAAACUUGUUUUCUGGUAUGAUGUGCGCUUCAGUUUAGCUUCUCUAUCUAAAUACAUUUCUGAGCAGAGUGCAGCGAGAGGAAGUAAUGGAGGACACCACAUGGUACAUAGUCUUCGUCAUGCAAAUGGAACAAAAUCACAAACUUAGUAGGUAUUCUAGCUUUCUGUACAUACGGAUGUUUAAAUAUUAUUCAGAAAAUCCAUUCAUUUAUGGGAUGGUUAGACAGACUUCUUGAGGUUUGCUUAUAAGCAAACCCACUUU